AUGAGCAAUGGCGUGGGGAGGAAUGACCACCUUUACACCGUUUACUCCAAAAGGCAGGAUAUUUUUGACCAUCUAUGUCUAAAGAUGCUUUACAGCUUGAAAAGGCUUACACUAGAUGUUUUGAACAACCAAAUGUACAAAAGUGCUGGAACACCAUUGAAAUGUGUUUCCCCUGCUAAUGUCAAUCCAUUGUUAGAAGAAGUGCAUGCAGGUAGUAGUGGAGAACAAGAAGGUGGAAGGAAGCUUUAUCAGAAGCUUUUGGAUCUUGGGUAUUAUUGGCCUACUAUGGAAGCGGAUGCAGUGAAUUAUGCAAGGAAGUGUUAUCUAUGUCAAAUUUAUGGGAAUGCUAUACAUGCUCCAGCUGUACAACUUCAUAGCAUCAUUACUCCAUGGCCAUUCCAUACUUGGGGGUUUGAUUUAAUUGGACCUAUCAAUCCUCUUUUUAAAGGAUAUGCUUGGAUAUUAGCAACAACAGAGUGCUUUACUAAAUGGGUGGAAGCUAUUUCUUUGAAGAAUGCGAUUGGUCCAGCGGUGGCAAAUUUCAUCAAGGAAAACAUCAUUUGCAGGACUUCCAAGCGUGGACCUACUAAAGCAACUCUUUUUUCACUAGUAUAUGGGACAGAGGCUAUAUUAUCGGUUGAUAUUCUAGUUCCAUCUGCAAGUUUAGCUUUAAAUGCUGAAUUUGAUAAUGAUACUUUACGGAUAUUAAAAUUUGAAGUGCUAGAGGAAAAAAGAGAUAGAGCAAAGAAGAACUUAUCAGUUUAUCAGAGGAGGUUGAGUAGAGCUUAUGACAAGUUAGUGAAAAAGAGAGGUUUUGAAGAGGGUGAUCUAGUACUUCGUGCAACUUAA